AUGGAGGAGAUGGGUGAACCCAAUGAACCAGGCAGCCAUGAGGAAAAGGUGACAUUUUGGGGUCAGAGUUUCACGGAUAAAGACCUUAGACUCUUACGGACCUACCACUCAAGGAAUUUGCCAGGAUGUCUGAGCCGAAUCUCCCUGCCUUUGUUGCUGCUUCUUGUCUCUUUGGGCCUCUUCUUUGUGCUCCUGGUAACCAUGCAGGUCCAAAGUACCAGUUCUCAGAAGCAGCUUGAGGACAUUCAACAAAAGCUGACCUGGAUGAAUGCUUCCCUGGCUAGCCUGUGCCAUCCCUGCUCCUGGAAUUGGGAGCUCUUCCAGAAAAAGUGCUACUUCAUAUCCAGUAGAAAGACAACAUGGCAGGCUUCCGUUUCUGCCUGCCAGGACCAGGGAGGCCAGCUGGUGAUCAUCAACAGUGUUGAAGAGCAGAAAUUCCUGACGACCUGGAAUGCCAGGAGAGAUAAACGCAUCUGGAUUGGCCUGAGUGACCUUCACAGUGAAGGCACCUGGCACUGGGUGGACAACACUGUUCUCAAGCUCAGCUUCUGGGUGGAAGGCGAACCCAACAACCUUGGGGAAGAAGACUGUGUGGAGCUCUACAAUCCUGGCUGGAACGACAACCAAUGUACUGCAGAAAACCUCUGGGUCUGUGAGAAGCCCUCAGCUCCCUGCACUGGUCUCUGA